AUGGCUGGAGCACCUCCAAGUUACUGUUUCGUGGCCUUCCCACCGCGCACCAAGGAUGGGCUGGUGGUCUUUGGGAAGAACUCGGCAAGACCCAGAGACGAAGUGCAGGAGGUGGUGUAUUUCUCAGCUGCUGAACAUGAACCUGGGAGCAAGGUUGAGUGCACCUACAUUUCAAUCGACCAAGUCCCAAGGACCCAUGCCAUAAUGAUAAGCAAACCUGCUUGGCUUUGGGGGGCCGAGAUGGGGGCCAAUGAACAUGGAGUGUGCAUCGCCAAUGAAGCCAUCAGCACCAAAGAGGCAGCUGCUGAGACGGAAGCCUUGCUGGGGAUGGACCUGGUCAGGCUUGGUCUGGAGAGAGCCACGACAGCUAAGGGAGCCUUGGAGGUCAUUGUCACCUUGUUGCAAGAGCAUGGCCAAGGUGGAAAUUACUACGAAGAUGCCAGCUCCUGCCACAGCUUCCAGAGCGCAUACCUGCUGGUGGAUCGGAGCGAGGCCUGGGUGCUCGAGACCGUUGGGAAGUACUGGGCUGCUGAGAAAGUGACAGAGGGAGUGAAGUGCAUUUCCAAUCAGCUUUCGCUCACCACCAAGGUGGAUGAGGAGCACCCAGAGCUCCGGAGUUAUGCCCAGAGUCAAGGCUGGUGGACAGGAGAGGACGAGUUCAAUUUCUCCCAAGUUUUCUCCCCAGCUGAUGACCACCUGGACUGCUGUGCAGGCAGAGAUAGCCUUGAGAAGCAAGAAGAAAGCAUCACUGUCCAGACAAUGAUCAACGUCUUACGGGACAAAGCCAGUGGGGUCUGCGUAGACUCGGAGUCCUUCCUCACCACAGCCAGCAUGGUGUCUGUCCUGCCUCAAGAUAGAAGCCUGCCAUGCAUUCACUACUUCACGGGGACCCCAGACCCCUCCAGGUCCAUAUUCAAGCCUUUCAUCUUCGUGGAUGAUGUGAAGCCUGUCCCCAAAGCGCAGUCUCCCUGUGUCGGGGAUGAAGACCCUGCCCAAAAGGAGCCACGAGACCACCGGCAUGAGCUGUACAAGGCCCACGAGUGGGCACGCGCUGUCCUCGAGAGUGGCCAGGAGCAGGGGCAGCAGCUGCAGAAGACCAUGCUGGAGCUGGAGAAGCAAGGCCUGGAAGCCAUGGAGGAGCUCCUGAACAGCUCCAGCCCCCUGGACCCUGCCGAGGUGGGAGACCUGUUCUACGACUGUGUCGACACGGAGAUCAAGUUCUUCAAGUGAAGGUAGCGGGCCCCUCCCCUCCUCUCUCAACACUUCCCACCGUACUAAGUGACCAGCGCCACACGCCCCCUCUGCUGCUGGAGGAGACGGAGGAGGUCGAGCUGUGGUCUCCCAUGCCGAAGCCAGAUGGAACUGUUCCCUCGUGUUCGGCCACGGCCCUUCCGUUGUCCCCCUUCCUCUGCCAGGUCCCACGCGUCCUGUCUGCCUGUCGUUCGGUUGUGUGAGUCAUUGGCUGCUAGCAUUGUUAUUUUGGUGACAGUGGACCCAUUUGCUUUUCCUAAGAGCAGCGGAGUUCCGUCAUGCCCGGGCAGGGCUAGGGCUGGCAGGUGCAGCAGCCAUGCUGAGCCUCCCUCAUGGUCAUGGUUCUUGCAGGUUCCCAAGAGGUAGCUUUCUGUGCACCCAGGGUGCAGUCAAAGGAGAAGGGAGAGGCCCGAUGGCUCCGCUUGC